ACACACACAGGCAGACACACUCAAAACUAUACCUCCAUUUUUCAUGGAGGUAAAUAUUCCUUAUAUGCACACAUGCACAUGUAGUACCUGAAACCCUACAAAGCUCUUCUGUGUGACUUUAGGUGUCCAGAAAUGCUAACUUGUUUCACUGCCCAUUUCUUGGUAGGUGUCAGAGGUGAUCUUCAACAAUAUUGAAGAGAAAGAGACACUCUUGGACUACGUACAACGACUUAAGAAGGUGGUUGCUGACCACAACAUCAACAUCAUUCUCCCCACCGGCAUCGACCUGACUACGUUCGUACAUGCCGCCAUUGCCAGGGACUUUCCGCACAUCCCCGGACCCAGUGUUGAGUCCUGCUACCUGGCUUUCCACAAAGCCUACUCACGGCAGUACCUGGACCCCACUGAGAACCCAACCCCCUACGAUGUAGUGGAUAUGGAUUCACCAACCAUGCUGGAGGAUGCACAGCGGGCCUUGGAAAAAGUCGGUCUACCAGCAUUCGUAAAACCUGGAGCAGGGUUUGGUACGUUUGGUGUGACUAAGGUGGAAAAUUUUGAAGACAUGAAACGGGCCCUGCAGAACCUUCGGACAAUGCGGGAUGAACAUCCUGACUUCCUGGCAUCACCAUGCGCUGCUUUCUUCAAGGAUUAUUUCAAGGAAUAUCUGGACGUGGAGAAGUACCCGCUCGCCCUUCGAGAUGUUGUGAUCGUGGAACCUUACUUGGAUGCAGAGGCCCUCUAUUGUGUGGAUGGAUGCAUUGUGGACAAAGAGAUUGUUCAAUGGACAAUCACCGAUGAGCUCCGAUUUGACCAAAAAGAGGCCAAGUUCAUGUGCGUGAUCUGUCCCACCUCCGCACCAGAAGACUUACAGAAGCGGAUCUGGGACGUCUAUGACGGCAUCAUGACCAGGAUGGUCCAGUUUGGGUUCAACAACGGCUUUACAAACGUCGAACUGUUCAUGAUGAAGGAUGGACAGCUGAGGCUGUGUGAGGUAAAUGCCAGGGGAUCCAAGGAACUGCAAUACUGCUACACAGAGUGUUGCGAGAACGUUAACCAGGACUACGUGUACCUGACUGCUGGCCGCGGUAUCAGGUACAUCACCCCUCCCCAGACAGGAAGGUGGGCCAUCUGCUACAUCGUCAAGUUCGACAAACUGGAGCGGCCCGGCAAUCUGAUGGACUUCGAUCAGAUCGAAAAGCUGAAGUCGGAUCCUGAGGUGUUGUUUAUCAUGUAUGAUAUCCCCGAUCCUGACGAUGACGUCACCAACUUCAACGACACCUCCGCAUGGUACUUCUGUAAGAUGUUCACCUACGGCGACUCCAGGGAGGCCAUGAUCAGGAAGCUUGUUGAUGUGUUAAAACUAGUGGUAAAGAAGCCAGAAUUGCUGACGUAUCCAGUACACUAUGGUAUGUAAGGGCUAGGGGAACCAAACUAGUGGUUUCCAGUACCCAGUUAACUAUGAGAUGUAAGGGCUAGGGGAACCAAACUAGUGGUUUCCAGUACCCAGUUAACUAUGGGAUGUAAGGGCUAGGGGAACCAAACGUAUCCAGUACACUAUGAGAUGUGAGGUCUACGGUAACCAAACUAGUGCUAGAGAAGCCAGAACGGCAGACGUAUUCAGUACACGAUGGGAUGUAAGGGCUAGGGGAACCAAACUCGUAGUAAAGAAGCCAGAACUGCUGACGUAUCCACACUAUGGGAUGUAAGGGCUAGGGGAACCAAACUAGUGAUAAAGAAGCCAGA